AUGGCGCUUUCGGAGGACACAAAGGAGCGGAUCGUCCGUCUAGUCGACAUUACCAAGACCAUCGUGCACUAUGGCUGGGUCCCAUUCGUGAUCUACGUCGGCUUUAUGAGCAGCCAGCCGCGCCCCAACCUUCUUAAAAUUCUCAGCCCUCUGUCGUAG